UAACAUCUCGAUAAAGUUAUACAUGAGUAUAUAUAAAUGUAGACAGCUUGGAUUCCCUAUCAAAUCAUCAACAUAUUAGUUGAUGAUCUGAGAGACUAUUGUGUGAACCAGUCUGUUUUCUUCAUACGUUCGAAGAUGCUGAUUUUUCAAUUGGUUACAUGUGUUUUUCUGCUGACGAGCGCAGCCGCUUUCAGCACCGCUCAGCAUUUUGGAUUACUGAGCGGUCACGAGGCAACCAAGAGGAGACUGAAUGAUUUUGUGGCAAAAAGAGAGAGUCUCCAAGGUGUGGAAUCUAAGACGAUAGCGCAGAAACUUGACCACUUCACGCCCUCGCUUACGGCUACUUGGGAACAGCAUUAUGCCCAGGAUUUUGAGUUUUACGAUGGAAACAAUUUGAUAUUUUUGAUGGUUGGCGGUGACAGGGACAUGGACGUCGGUUGGUUGAGGCAAGGAUUCAUUGCCGAGCAGGCGGAGAAAUUUAAAGCGGCACUUUUUACAAUCGAGCACAGGUUCUACGGCAAAAGUCAACCAAAACCCGAUUUGAAGACGACUUCGUUGAAGUAUUUGAGCAGCGAGCAGGCUCUGGCUGAUUAUGCGCAUUUCAUCGAGACAAUGAACACUGAACACGGUUUCAAGAAUCCAAAAUGGAUCGUUUUUGGAGUGUCUUACGGGGGAUCGCUGGCCGCGUGGCUCAGAUACAAAUAUCCCCACUUGGUUUAUUCUGCCGUAUCCGCGAAUGCUCCGCUACUUGCAAAGGUCGACUUUCACGAAUACUUCGAAAGCGUUUCGAAAACGUUGUCUUCAAUUGGUGGCCCAGAGUGUGCGGAAACAAUCACAACUGCGAACAAAAUCAUGAGCGAGAAGAUCGUGAAUAAUGCAAGUCAAUAUGAUGAGCUUUUCGAGCUUUGUGACCCACUGAGCGGUAGCGAAAAUGACAUUAGCAGUUUCUUCUGGAAUCUUGCGCAUCGUCUUGUUACGGACGUUGAGUUUAUGGAGGAGGACGAAAUUAAAUAUGCCUGCGAAAUCUUAACGGACAAGAAUAUUGCCGAUCCCGUUCAUCGAUAUGCCGAAUUCAGUAGACAGACUAAUUAUGAUUUCUGCGUUUAUGCGAAAUAUUCCGACAUAAUCAACCGAUGGAGACUGAACAAGAUCUCAUAUACGGAAGGUUGGGGAGCUCGUCAAUGGUUUUACCAAACUUGCACGGAAUUCGGUUGGUUCGCGACGUCUAGCCGAAAGAACAAUUUGUUUGGGGACAAGAUGACCGUAGACUUUUAUGACAGCAUUUGCAAGGACGUGUUUGACGUUAAGUUUGACACCAAAUUUGUUGAGAACGCUGUCAACAAGACUAAUGAGAAAUACAGGGGAUUAGACCUGCCUGUGACUGGAGUAAUAUUCGUUCAUGGCACGAAUGACCCUUGGUCUAAAGUUGGCAUCACGAAGUUCCCUAAGAAAGGAAGCAUCGCCAUUCGAAUUAAAGGAGGCGGUCAUUACGGAGUCUUGCUGCCAGAAUCACCAAACGACUCAGAGCAACUGAAGAACGCACGUACAAGGAUUUCGAAAAUCCUCGAGCGAUGGACGAAGACAAAGUCAUUCGAACAAGAGAAAUCAGCUAUCAUCGAUGUCUGAAAACUGCAUGCAAAAACUAAAAACCGAGUGAAAUAAAUGAAUGUACGAACAUAUAUCUACAUUUCUGGCAGAUAAAUCAGUCACCCAGAGUCUUAGAGACACGAGUGUAACCGCUAUUAAACUAUAGAGAAGAACUAGUUUAGUUAUGGUCACCAAACUCUAUUAUUUAACAGCGACGAGGCGUGAAUGAUCGAUUAAUUGAUAUUUACCCAUUUGAAGCUAUACGGUAAAGAAUCGAUUAUUAUAGUGUGUUAAUCACACCCUGUUUAUUGGUCCUUUUCCAUAGAUUUAAAUGACAUAUCAAUCGAUAAAUCGCAAAGCACGCCACGCAGGUAAAGAAUCAGUAUUAUUCAAGAAUUGGGCAUAUUUUUAAUUGAAGGAACUACGUGCUAAAAAUUAAAUAAGAAGGCUCUAUGAAGCGCGCAAAUUCUAUGUACGUAGUUCCUCUUGAUUUAUAUUUAGUUCAAUUGUUUAUUCUUUUCAGUGUAAAGAUAAGUCAAUUUUCAAUAUUCACCGAGAAAAUUUUAGUCGAUCAAACAAAACAACAUUGAACAAGAUGUCCUAAAUAUACACCUAAAAACAGG